UUUAUUGCAUAAAUGAUCUGCGGACCUUUUCUUAUGUUUGUUUGUUCAGACUGUCAGUGUGUUAAUUUGUCUGCAUGGUAUGGCAGUGCAACAACUGUUUGUUUAUCCACGACACAUUUCAAUGCUGUUCCAUACUCUGAAGUACAUGGAGUUGACGUGGAAAAUCACAUCCUUAGUCUAAGUAAUUGAGCAUGAAUGAGUGUUAUUACCAAGUUGACAAUAAUGGUUGUUUAUCAAUACUGCAUUACAGGUAGCUGUGUGUUUCUGUCUCUCUGUCUAUAUGUGUGUCGUUAUAGCUUUGUGUCAUGGGUAAAGUGUUUACAGCUCAAGGAAUGUUCUGCAGAGGCCUACAUGAGAAACUCAGAAAAAGGCGUUCUGCAUCGUCUAGCCCAGAAGGUCUACUUGUGCUUUAAAUGUGUUCAUCAUAUUUGUACUGUAGAGAAGAGCAAAGCUUCCCCUGUGUUUGGCUGCACGAUCGAAUCAUUAAUCAAAGGUGAAGGAUUGCUGUUAUAGUGUAUACUCCCCUCACAGGUCAGUAUUGGAGCCCCUCGCCCAGUGGGACAGUCCCAUGCAGGUUAAGUUGUCCUGCUGGAAGUCCGGGCUGAACACCCUGCUGGUGGAGCUGCUGCCUUGGGCCCUGCUGGCCAACCACUCCCAGUGGGACCUCUGGCUCUUCGAGGGAGAGACCAUUGUGCUGCAGAUACCAGCCGGCAAAAUCAUUGUGCCCCCCAACUUCAAGGAAGCCUUCCAGAUUGGCAUCUACUGGGCCCACACCAACACUGUCCACAAGUCCACGGCGCUCAAACUGGGUUCACGACCUUACCUCUCCUCGGUGGAAGGAGUGAUCCGGCUCCGAGGUGGUCACUCUGGACGAGGAGGGAUACGUAGAACGCGUGACAUCACCCUGGGGGCCUUUCCCGGACGGCAGAAGCUGUGUCAGUUCUGCGUGUCCUCUGUGGUGAGACACGGCAUCCAGAUCCUCCAGAUAGAGGACCGAACCAUUCUGGUCAACAACACCCCACACACAAUCCAUUGCAGGCCUCUGCUGGCCUCCCAUCCCCUGGGAACUGACGACCAGGCCUGUGAGAUACCAGAGACGUCACUGUUCAGCCUGUUACCCUCUGAGGAAUCAUCCCAGGCCAAACCCUGCUCCGUCCCAUUCUGGGACCUCCUCCAAACCGGCGUUCAUGGAACGGUGAAGUUCCCUCUGCCGCUCAAACAUAUGCUCUUCAGCCUUUUCCCCGGGCACGAUGGAGGAGUGGGAUCUGGGUCUGCAGCGUGGAGCCUCCCCGCUCCCAUCCGCCCCGACUUCCCCAGGCAGAGUUUGUCUGUUCCCAGGGAACCGGACUCCGGGGGUGGCCUGAGCAGCAGAGGCAUAGUACUGACAUAUCAGGAGCACCUUGGGGUGACAUACAUCAUCCUGAACGAGGACCCCUGUCCUCGGAUGCUGAUCCACAACAAAUGUCCUAUCCCCCUUUUGCUUAAGGAAACUCUCAAAGAAACUCAGAAGACGGAGGUUCACUGCCGUCCUCUGCCUGCCAAUUGCUCCUUGCACCAUGAGCUCUACCACCACUUUUCCAGCUUUCCAGAGUGCAGGCAGAAAGAGACGCUGCCCGCUCUCCUGCUGAAGACCACCUUGGACCAGGGCUCCAACACCUGGAGCGACCCCAUAGACGUCAACUGCCCCGGCACUCAGGUGGUGUUCCUCCCGGGCUUCGGCUGUCUCUACAUCGACGUGGCGUACCAGAGAGGAACCCUGGUUCUGUCUCUGGCACCCGAGGGCAGCGUGGAUGCUGUCAUCAACCAGCACAGCGGGUCUUCUAAGCUGUCGUGCAGAGUCCUCCUUCGUGAAGUCAGUGUGGUGUUGAGCGAUGACAUCACCAACCCCUCGGGAUCUGUGGAGCUGCUCAGACUCACAUUGACCAAGCUGCUCCUCAGCCUGGGUCCGGUGCCGACCGCCCCCCCACCCUCGGGGCUGGUGGCCGACACGAACUCGGGCGCUACGCCCGUCUCCGCCCUGAUGCCUGACCCCUCUCUGAUUGAGGUCCACUGCUCCAGUCUACAGGUAGACAACCAGCUGUACAACCGAGCAAGUUUCCACUUCCCUGUGCUGCUGUGCCAGGACCAGAGGGGGGGGGCUGAGCCGGGCGGUCCGUGGAGCAGCGACGCAAACCCCACGCAAUCCCCUGAAGCCCUGGAGGAGUUCAAACGCUCGUGUUUCCUGCAGCUGAGGAUGAUGCUGGCUGGGGACAGAUGCACAGCGGAGGAGAUCACCUUCCAACUCCAACCUGCCAGAGUCUACCUCGAAGACACCUUUGUUUACUACAUUAAGACCCUGUUCCACACCUACAUCCCUGACAGCGCCAUGGCCUCAGCCACAGCGGGGACCCAGAAGAGGAGCAGAGGGUCUGGGUCGGACUCCAUCCUCCCUGCACAGGUGCUUGAGUCGGUGCAGGCUUUGGUCCACCCUGUGCGGCUGCAGAAACUGACCAUCCAGCCGGUCAACUUGUUGGUCAGCAUCCACGCCUCCCUGAAGCUGUACAUCGCAUCGGACCACACCCCUCUCUCUUUCUCCCUGUUUGAGAGAGGGCCGCUGUGCACCACGGCCAGACAGCUGGUCCACUCUCUGGCCAUGCACUACGCUGCCGGGGCCCUCUUCAGAGCCGGUUGGGUGGUGGGAUCUCUGGAGAUCCUGGGCAGUCCUGCCAGCCUGGUGCGGAGUAUCGGCAACGGCGUGUCCGACUUCUUCCGGCUGCCCUACGAAGGCCUGACGCGCGGGCCUGGAGCCUUCGUCAGCGGGGUUUCCAGAGGGACCUCCUCCUUCGUCAAGCAUAUCUCCAAAGGCACGCUGACCUCCAUCACCAAUUUAGCAACGAGCCUGGCCAGGAACAUGGACCGGCUGUCCCUGGAUGAAGAGCACUACACCAGGCAGGAGGAGUGGAGACGGCAACUUCCAGAGAGCCUUGGAGACGGACUGAGACAGGGGCUGUCACGACUUGGCAUCAGCUUGUUAGGCGCCAUAGCGGGCAUCGUGGACCAGCCAAUGCAGAACUUCCAGAGGAACUGGGAGCUGCAGAGCUCCGCUGGGAGCAAGGCCAAAGGGGUCAUCUCUGGAGUGGGGAAAGGCAUUGUGGGCGUUUUCACCAAGCCCAUCGGAGGAGCAGCUGAACUGGUGUCCCAGACUGGAUAUGGGAUCCUUCACGGAGCCGGCCUGUGGCAGCUCCCUAAACAACUGUACCUGCCUACUGAAGAGAAGGCCGCUCAGGCCGCAAACAGCCACCUUAAAUAUGUCUGGAAGAUGCUCCAGUCUCUGGGCCGACCGGAGCUCCACAUGGCCCUGGAGGUGACCAUCGUGAGUGGGUCGGGUCAGGAGCAUGCCGGCUGUUUGCUCCUCACCUCCGAGGUGCUGUUUGUAGUCAGCCUCAGCGAGGACACCCAGCAGCAGGCCUUCCCCAUCACAGAGGUGGAGUGUCAGCAGGAGCCGGGGCAUCAGGGCCAGCUCACCCUCACCUUGCAGCAGCAGACAGUAGUCAGCGACACAGAGGGUGAUGGCAUUCGGGAGCGUCUGUCAGAGCAGCAGUACCGGCGGUUGGUGGACUACGUGACGUGGGCCUCCCAGUUCCUCUCCCCCUCCCCCUCCUCUCUCCAGAUGGCGGUGACACUCGCCGAGCCACCACCCUCCGUCACCAAGUGUUACCGCUACCUGGUGGAGCCCGCCUUCGCCGCGGUGUUUGUCAGCAGGUUCACCAUGGUAAAGAAUAAAGCCUUACGCAUCGGAUUCCACUAACACACACCUGUGCACUAUUGCUCCAAGGAAAAAGGGAACGGAUCAUUCGUUCCAAUUAAGCCUUUAAUCAAAAACAUAACACAUUUAUGCAAAAGAUAUUUGUUGCAUUUGAAAUAUAUAUUAUAGAAGAGCUCAUCACAUCUAAUUGAUGUUUGAACAAUAAACACUAAAACAGCUGUCAACUUAAACCUUUUUGGAUCAACGCUGUCUUCUCUUCCAACAUUAAAUGGGCGCUCUCAGUCAGUGUGAAACCUCCUCGGUGUUGCAGAUAGAAAUGUGCAGUACACAACUAAUCUGUUACAUUGACAUCAAAACGGCCCCAUGGUUCAUUCUGCAGAAAAAGCUCUAUGUUUACAUUCUUCAUAUGUCUCAUGCCAACGUUAAGUGCAAUAUUAUAUAAUGUUGCUGGACGCUAGAGAAACCAGCUGUCAACCAAAAUGUUUGUUUGUUUUUAUAAACGUCACCGUACGUGGAUCCCAACAUGUUAUUGUUGCACCACUGGGUCUUAUGCCUUUAAUGUAUGUACAUGGAUAAUAUAUUGAUACAAAAUAAAGUGUUUUGCUAUUAUUGGAA